AUGCUUUUCCUUAUUGUCUUUCUCUCCAUCAUCGCUCCUACUCAGCUAGAUCGUACCCCAAAAUGUGAUGCUGAAUUCUUAAACUUUCCAACCAAAGGAUACACCUUGGUCUACAAGGUCUCCUCCCUUCAUGGCUGUGGUAGGUUCACAAGGAUCCAAAAUGCCAUUGAUGCAUCUCUUGGUUCAACUCUCACCAAGCAACUCAUCUUAAUUGAUCAUGGAAUCUAUAGGGAGAGGGUUAUUGUUCCUAAGAACAAGAAGAACCUUGUGAUGCAAGGUAUGGGGCUCUCAAGGACAUCCAUUGAAUGGAACAACACAGCCUCUUCAUCCAAUGGAACCUAUGAAAGUUUCUCGGUUGCUCUCUAUGGAGAUCUCUUCACGGCCAAAAACAUAAGCUUCAAGAACACUUCUCCCGCACCCAACCCCGGAGCAGUCCGAGAACAAGCGGUGGCACUAAAGGUUGUAGGAGACAAAACCGCCUUCUAUGGCUGUGGGUUUUUUGGGAACCAAGACACCCUUUUAGACCAAGAAGGAAGACACUACUUCAAAGAUUGCUUCAUUGAAGGAUCCAUUGAUUUUAUAUUUGGCAAUGGGAGAUCCUUAUAUGAGGAUUGCAUUAUUCAUUCCGUAGCAAAGGAAAAUACAGUUGGGUGUAUCACGGCAAACGGAAAGGACACGUUAAGAGAGCGAACCGGGUUUUCCUUUGUGAACUGCAAGAUUGGAGGAAGCGCGAAGGUGUGGCUUGGACGUGCAUGGAGACCUUAUGCCCGUGUUGUUUUUUCCAAGACCUACAUGUCUCAAGUUGUGUCGUAUGAAGGGUGGAAUGACAUGAAAGAUCACAAGACCCAAAAGACGGUUUACUUCGGAGAACAUCGGUGCUACGGACCGGGAGCCAAUCAUAGUGGAAGAGUUCCCUAUGCGCAGCAACUAACCGAUGUGGAAGCGGCUCCUUUCACCAACAUCUCCUUCAUCGAUGGUGAGGAGUGGCUUUAG